CAGUUACUACUGCAAGGUUACAUCACAGCUAUAUCUCUUCUGUAAAGUUGAAUUGGAAAAGAAAAAAAGGGUUUCCAUAUCAAAUGAAUAAGGCUUCCACAAUGCUGGCCAAAUUUUGGCUGGGCAUAAUAUGUAUUUUGGGAUCUUCAUAUUUCGCACGGGCAACACUUUGUAAUGUAACUGAACACAGCACAGUUACGAGAAAUGCUUCCUGCGACUCCAAUUCGUUUCUUCUGGUCCAUGGUUACAAGCUCGUCACCAGUUAUGGUGGUGACUGUUUAUACCGAAAAGAAAUCGUAGAAACAAGUCAGACGUGUUGCGAUGGUUGGACAGGACAAUAUUGCAACAUACCAAUUUGUACGAUAGCAUGCAAAAAUGAAGGUACUUGUGUUCAACCAAAUAAAUGCCAAUGUAUGGAGAAGUAUAAAGGUUUAUACUGCGAAUUCAACAUGGCAGGUGUGACUGAUGACUUGAAGUUUUGUUUUGAUACAAAUCUAUGCAAUGAAACCGCCCUAGAAGCGCAUUCCGGUAACUUGACAAGCAUACAAGAUUGUUGUGGUGAGAGAGAUACCGGUUCUUGGGGUGUAGCCUCAGCGGAAUGCACUACCUGCAACUUUCAGAAGAGCAGUCCAGAGGCAAGAGAUGAACUUGGAGAUCAAAGCUGCCGUUUCAAAGACACUCGCAUGUUUAAGACCUUUGAUGGAAAGAUGUUUGGAAUUCCUUACAGUAAAGCUACUAUUAAACUUGUAGAAUACAGCAGCUUGUGGUCGGUGGUACUAAAACUUGAGAACUGUAACAGUGCACUUCAGUGUAAAAAGAAACUAGAAAUCAGAGUUGAUGGCAAAACAAUUUCGACCAAUGGUACCCAUGUAAUGGUUGAUGGAAGCCUUGUGGAACCAGGCAAAUUCAAAGAUGGUAUUUCGUUGAGUACUCACUAUGGAUACUUAAAUCUUGUCGUCAACUCAAUUCCUAUCAAAUUCUUAUUGAGCGAAGAUCUGAUACACAUGACACCAACUUCCAUUCUCUUCCAGAGCUCUUUAUUGAAAGGGUUAUGUGGAAAUUACGAUCAUGAUCCUAACAAUGACUUCCAAAAACGAAGUGGUGUCACACUGACAACAGCAAGAAGUUUCGUUGACCAUUAUAAAGUCCUCAAUGAUGCAUCCACACUACAUGAAGUCACUACAACUCAAGACAGUACCUAUCCAGAAGCAAAUGCGAUAUGUUAUAAAAUUGCUUCAUUUAGAAUUAGUGCUGAGAGCAUUGUUAUGCUUAACUACUGUUAUGGUGUCGUCCGUGAAAGUGCUUCGGCAAGUGAAGCAAUGGAGAUAGCUUGCUUAAGUGUAAGAAAUUCAGCUUUUGAAUACGGAACAUUGAAUAUACCCAUUUCGGACUGGAGAAAUGAUAAUAACAUUUGCCCAACUGAUUGUCCUGGAGGAAUGGUAUACAGUGACUGUGGACCUGCUUGCCCAAACUUUUGUGGCGGUGGUGGUGGAAAUGCAGAAGAGAGCUGUGAUUUUUCUUGUGUUCCUGGCUGCUAUUGCCCUGAUGGACAACGCUAUGAACAAGGAAAGUGCAUAACUGAAGAACAAUGUCCAUGUGAAUAUAACGGAAAGAAAUACUCGAAUGGAACAUCCACAUAUAUGGAUUGCUAUCCCUGCGAAUGUGUAAACAGUGUAUGGCAAUGUGCAACAAAGCAAUGUCCUAAAACAUGCAGCCUCAUUGGGCAAAACACUUUCACUACCUUUGAUGCAUCAGUUUAUACCAUGUCACCAGCUGCUUGUGAAUAUACCCUUGUUCAGUCUAUAAAUACAACAAACGAUCUAAAGAUAUCACUCGAAUUUGAGAGUUGUUCUUCUCCAUUUAAUUCUGACAUCAACUGUUUUUUCAAACUUAAUGUUAAGAUGCAUCAUUAUACUAUCUCAAUCAAACCGACAGGGUAUUUCAUCAAUUCCCUAUAUCAAAAUGACACUGUUUUCUCUGGGAGCCACAUUUUUGUGAAAAAAGUAACAAAUAACUUCUACUUCCUUGAAAGUGACUAUUUCAGUAUUUCAUAUGAAGUAGGCGAAGCAGUCUACAUAAAACUGGACCCGAAGUUCAGUGGACAAGUGCUUGGCCUCUGUGGGAACUUUGAUAAUUCUUUAAAUAAUGAUUUCACUAGCUAUAAUGGAUUAGUAUUGCAUAAAAAUGAGUUUAUCAAAGAAUUUAUGAGCCUAUCAUGUCCUGCAGAACAAGUAGAAGAAACUGAUGUGGACCCAUGCGUUAUAGACGAUUCUAACUUAGAAACGGCUACAAAGUACUGCUCAAUUUUGGAGGAAAGUCCAGUAUUUGAAGAAUGUUUAAGCGUUGUUCGAUCAGACACAUAUAAAAAACUUUGCAUGAGGGAUAUGUGCAAUAGUUUAAAUUACAAUAAACAAGCAUUUUGCAUUGCCCUGGAAGCUUAUACAAGAGAAUGUGCUGAAAAUAAUAUCACUAUUGACUGGCAGUCUAAUUCCACAAUCAAUGAUGCUUGUAGCAUAACAUGUCCUGAAGGUACAGGUCAGCAAUAUUUAAGCUGUAAAUCUUCAUGCCUGACAUCAUGUCAUGACUUAGAUAAGGACUUGUCACAAUGCAAAACUGGCUGCAUAUCUGGGUGUCAGUGUCCAGAUGGCACAUUGAUGAACGAUAUUGGAAUAUGUGUAAAAAUCUCAGAGUGUACCUGCUAUGAUAAACACCACAAGAAACAUUACGAGAAUGGUGAAUCUGUACAGAUAUUUGGCCGAGAUUGUACAUGUGCUAGUGGUACAUGGGAGUGCAAUACAACUACAGAAGAAGUGAUCUGCCGCAAAAAUCAUACAUGGGUCAACAAUGCAACAGACUGUCAAGAAACCUGUCAUACUUUAUCCAAACCUCAACCGUGUAUACUUUAUGAAGAAGAGUAUGAAGGUUGCAGAUGUCCUCCAGAUUAUGUGACCUCUCCAGAUGGUAAUUGUGUUUUACCAAGUCAAUGUCCUUGCAAAUAUGGAAAUGUGUGGAAGCCGGCAGGAACCAAAUUGGAUAUUGGUUGCAAAAAAUUAGAAUGUAUGAAUUCAGUAUGGCAGCAGAGGAAUACUCCAGAAGACUGUCCAGCUGAAUGUUGGACAUCUGGUGCAUCUCACUACUCUACAUACGAUGGUCUUCACUACUCCUUUGAAAGCGAUUGUGCAUAUACCUUUACAGAAUCAUUGGAUGGAACAUUUAAAGUUAUUGUCAGGAAUAUUGAAUGCAACUUCCCGUUUACAUAUUGCACAAAGAAUGUUGAGUUAAAAAUCUUCAACAAAACCAUUCACUUUGUACAAGGAAAGCCACCAACCUUUGAUGGCACGGAUAUUUCUGAUAGAGGUCUUGUCAGAAAUAAUUUUUCAGUGAAGGCAACCGAAUUCACUUAUAUAGUUCAUACAAGUAUAGGUUUUACACUUACAUGGGAUAAAGGUACUAGACUUUAUGUCCAACUGAGCGAGGAAUGGGCUGGAAAAGUACAAGGUCUGUGUGGCAACAGAGAUCAGGAUUCUACAAAUGACUUUCUAACAAGAUCCAAUUCAAAUGAAAAAGUACCUUCUGAAUUUGCCCAUACUUGGAGAGUUAAUGACUGCCUAAAGCCUCCUUCAACUUUGAUAGAUGCUUGUGAGGUACAGCCAGGCAGAAAACCAUGGGCUAUUGAAUCCUGUAAAGUUAUUAAAUAUGGCACUGUCUUCUCCUUAUGUCGAGAAGUGUUACCAGAUACUGUAGUGCAGGAAUAUUAUGAAGACUGCUUACACGAUUCUUGUGGUUGCAACUUGGGUGGAGAUUGUGAAUGUUAUUGUACAGCAGUUGCAAACUUUGCCAAAAGAUGUACAAACAUUGGAGUUGUAGCUAGAUGGCGAAACAAUGAUAGGUGUGCUGUUAUGUGUGAUGGGCUUCGAGUCUACAAAGAAUGUGGUUCUUCCAAUCCUCCAACAUGUAGAGACAAACAAGAAACCCAUCUUUACGACAAUACUACCUUUUGUGUAGAAGGCUGUUUUUGUCCACCGGGUUAUGUUGAAGACGGAGAAGAUUGUAUUAAACCAGAUGACUGUGUUUGUUGGUAUGAAGGGAAAAUAUAUCCAUCUAAAGCUGUCGUUAGAUUUAACGACUGUCAUAACUGUACUUGUGAGGCUGGAGAUAUGAUAUGUUACAAGUGUGACUGUACUGAUGGUUUCCAGUGCACUGAUCUUACGUGCAUCAACAAAACUAAAGUUUGUGAUGGGACCUUCGAUUGCCAUGAUGCAACAGAUGAACUGAACUGCGGACCUCCUAUCCCUACAGAAACAACACCCACUGGAACGACAGCCUCUACAGCUACAACAACCACUGGAACGACUGCCUCUACAGCUAUAACAACCACUGGAAUUACAGGAACCACCACACCUUAUAUACCCACUGGAGAACCAUCUAACAAACCAAACACAAAAGUUACUGUGUCACCACCAACAGCAACAGCAUCCUCUACAGCUACAACACCCACUGAAUCAACCACGGCAUUUGGGACUUCUGAAGGAACACAAGUAACAACAAAGACAACCAGUUCAACAAUACCACCAACGUUGACAUCUUCAAUAACCAGUGCACCAAUGACAUCAACAAGUGUAACAACACCGUCAACCACUCCACAAAUGACAACAACAACAACUGCAACAAGACCAUUGACUAGUGCACCAACGACAUCAACUAGUGCAACAUCCUCAACCAGUGCAACAUCACCGUCAACCAGUGCACCAACGACAUCAACCAGUGCAACAACGUCCUCAACCAGUGCCCCAACGACAUCAACCAGUGCAACAACACCCUCAACCAGUGCAACAACGACAUCAACCAGUGCAACAACACCCUCAACAAGUGCAACAUCACCAUCAACCAGUGCACCAACGACAUCAACCACUGCACAAACGACAACAGUUACCGCAACAACACCGUCCACCAGUGUACAAACAUCAUCAACCAGUGCAACAACUCCGUCAGCCAGUACUCCGACAUCAACUAGGGCAACAACCACAUCAACAAGUGCAGGAACAACAACUAUGGAAAAUUGGUCAACCAGUCCAACAACACCAUCAACAAGUGCACCGACGACGUCAACCGCUGCAACUACAGCGUCAACCACUGCACAAACUACAACGAUUAGCGAAACAACACCCUCAACCAGUGCACCAACAACAUCAACAAGUGCACAAACGACAACAGUUACCGAAACAACACCGUCAACUAGUACACCAACAUCAACCAGUGCAGCAACGACAUCAACCAGUGCAACAACACCCUCAACCAGUGCAACAUCACCAUCAACCAGUGCACCGACGACAUCAACCAGUGCACAAACGACAACAGUUACCGCAACAACACCGUCCACCAGUGUACCAACAUCAUCAACCAGUGCAACAACUCCGUCAGCCAGUACUCCGACAUCAACUAGGGCAACAACCACAUCAACAAGUGCAGGAACAACAACUAUGGAAAAUUGGUCAACCAGUCCAACAACACCAUCAACAAGUGCACAAACGACAACAGUUACCGAAACAACACCGUCAACUAGUGCACCAACAUCAACCAGUGCAGCAACGACAUCAACCAGUACAGCAACGACAUCAACCAGUGCAACAUCACCAUCAACCAGUGCACCAACGACAUCAACCAGUGCACAAACGACAACAGUUACCGCAACAACACCGUCCACCAGUGUACCAACAUCAUCAACCAGUGCAACAACUCCGUCAGCCAGUACUCCGACAUCAACCAGGGCAACAACCACAUCAACAAGUGCAGGAACAACAACUAUGGAAAAUUGGUCAACCAGUGCAACAACACCAUCAACAAGUGCACCGACGACGUCAACCGCUGCAACUACAGCGUCAACCACUGCACAAACUACAACGAUUAGCGAAACAACACCCUCAACCAGUGCACCAACAACAUCAACAAGUGCACAAACGACAACAGUUACCGAAACAACACCGUCAACUAGUGCACCAACAUCAACCAGUGCAACAACACCGUCAGCCAGUACUCCGACAUCAACCAGGGCAACAACCACAUCAACAAGUGCAGAAACAACAACUAUGGAAAAUUGGUCAACCAGUCCAACAACACCAUCAACAAGUGCACCAACGACGUCAACCGCUGCAACUACAGCGUCAACCACUGCACAAACUACAACGAUUAGCGAAACAACACCCUCAACCAGUGCACCAACAACAUCAACAAGUGCACAAACGACAACAGUUACCGAAACAACACCGUCAACCAGUGCAACAACAUCAACCAGUGCAACAACACCGUCAGCCAGUACUCCAACGACAUCAACCAGUGCACCAACGUCCUCAACCAGCGCAACAACACCCUCAACCAGUGCAACAACACCCUCAAUCAGUGCAACAACACCCUCAACCAGUGCACAAACGACAUCAACCAGUGCAACAACACCCUUAACCAUUGUAACAACGACAUCAACCAGUGCAACAACACCCUCAACCAGUGCAACAACAACAUCAACCAGUGCAGUAACGACAUCAACCAGUGCACCAACGACAUCAACCAGUGCAACAUCACCAUCAACCAGUGCACCAACGACAUCAACCAGUGCACAAACGACAACAGUUACCGCAACAACACCGUCCACCAGUGUACCAACAUCAUCAACCAGUGCAACAACUCCGUCAGCCAGUACUCCGACAUCAACCAGGGCAACAACCACAUCAAGUGCAGGAACAACAACUAUGGAAAAUUGGUCAACCAGUGCAACAACACCAUCAACAAGUGCACCGACGACGUCAACCGCUGCAACUACAGCGUCAACCGCUGCAACUACAGCGUCAACCGCUGCAACUACAGCGUCAACCACUGCACAAACUACAACGAUUAGCGAAACAACACCCUCAACCAGUGCACCAACAACAUCAACCAGUGCACAAACGACAACAGUUACCGAAACAACACCGUCAACUAGUGCACCAACAUCAACCAGUGCAACAACACCGUCAGCCAGUACUCCGACAUCAACCAGGGCAACAACCACAUCAACAAGUGCAGGAACAACAACUAUGGAAAAUUGGUCAACCAGUCCAACAACACCAUCAACAAGUGCACCAACGACGUCAACCGCUGCAACUACAGCGUCAACCACUGCACAAACUACAACGAUUAGCGAAACAACACCCUCAACCAGUGCACCAACAACAUCAACAAGUGCACAAACGACAACAGUUACCGAAACAACACCGUCAACCAGUGCAACAACACCCUCAACCAGUGCAACAACACCCUCAACCAGUGCAACAACACCCUCAACCAGUGCAACAACACCCUCAACCAGUGCAACAACACCCUCAACCAGUGCAACAACACCCUCAACCAGUGAAGCAACGAUAUCAACCAGUGCAACAACAUCCGCAACAAGUGCUACAACACCCUCAACCAGUGCCCCAACGACAUCAACCAGUGCAACAACACCCUCAACCAGUGCAACAACGACAUCAACCAGUGCACAAACGACAUCAACCAGUGCAACAACGUCCUCAACCAGUGCCCCAACGACAUCAACCAGUGCAACAACACCCUCAACCAGUGCAACAACGACAUCAACCAGUGCAACAACGUCCUCAACCAGUGCACAAACGACAUCAACCAGUGCAACAACACCCUUAACCAUUGUAACAACGACAUCAACCAGUGCAGCAACCACAUCAACUAGUGCAACAACACCCUCAACCAGUGCAACAACAACAUCAACCAGUGCAGCAACGACAUCAACCAGUGCAGCAACGACAUCAACCAGUGCAACAACACCCUCAACAAGUGCAACAUCACCAUCAACCAGUGCACCAACGACAUCAACCAGUGCACAAACGACAACAGUUACCGCAACAACACCGUCCACCAGUGUACAAACAUCAUCAACCAGUGCAACAACUCCGUCAGCCAGUACUCCGACAUCAACCAGGGUAACAACCACAUCAACAAGUGCAGGAACAACAACUAUGGAAAAUUGGUCAACCAGUCCAACAACACCAUCAACAAGUGCACCGACGACGUCAACCGCUGCAACUACAGCGUCAACCACUGCACAAACUACAACGAUUAGCGAAACAACACCCUCAACCAGUGCACCAACAACAUCAACAAGUGCACAAACGACAACAGUUACCGAAACAACACCGUCAACUAGUACACCAACAUCAACAAGUGCAGCAACGACAUCAACUAGUGCAACAACACCCUCAACCAGUGCAACAACACCAUCAACAAGUGCACCGACGACGUCAACCGCUGCAACUACAGCGUCAACCACUGCACAAACUACAACGAUUAGCGAAACAACACCCUCAACCAGUGCACCAACAACAUCAACAAGUGCACAAACGACAACAGUUACCGAAACAACACCGUCAACUAGUGCACCAACAUCAACCAGUGCAGCAACGACAUCAACCAGUACAGCAACGACAUCAACCAGUGCAACAUCACCAUCAACCAGUGUACCAACGACAACAGUUACCGAAACAACACCGUCAACUAGUGCACCAACAUCAACCAGUGCAACAACACCGUCAGCCAGUACUCCGACAUCAACCAGGGCAACAACCACAUCAACAAGUGCAGGAACAACAACUAUGGAAAAUUGGUCAACCAGUCCAACAACACCAUCAACAAGUGCACCAACGACGUCAACCGCUGCAACUACAGCGUCAACCACUGCACAAACUACAACGAUUAGCGAAACAACACCCUCAACCAGUGCACCAACAACAUCAACAAGUGCACAAACGACAACAGUUACCGAAACAACACCGUCAACCAGUGCAACCACAUCAACCAGUGCAACAACACCGUCAGCCAGUACUCCAACGACAUCAACCAGCGCAACAACACCCUCAACCAGUGCAACAACACCCUCAACCAGUGCAACAACACCCUCAACCAGUGCAACAGCACCCUCAACCAGUGCACCGACGACAUCAACCAGUGCACCAACGUCCUCAACCAGUGCAACAACACCCUCAACCAGUGCAACGACACCCUCAACCAGUGCAACUACACCCUCAACCAGUGCAACAGCAACCUCAACCAGUGCACCGACGACAUCAACCAGUGCCCCAACAACAUCCACCAGUGCUCCGACAUCAACCAGUGCAACAACACCCUCAACUAGUGCUCCAACAACAUCAACCAGUGCAGCAACGACAUCAACCAGUGCAACAACACCCUCAACCAGUGCACCAACGACAUCAACCAGUGCAACAACACCCUCAACCAGUGCAGCAACGACAUCAACCAGUGCAGCAACAUCAACUAGUGGAACAACAUCCUCAACCAGUGCAACAACACCAUCAUCCAGUGCACCAACAUUAACAAGCGCAACAACACCCUCAACUAGUGCCCCAACGACAUCAACCAGUGCACAAACGACAUCAACCAGUGCAACAACACCCUCAACUAGUGCACCGACGACGUCAACCAGUGCAACAACACCGUCAACAAGUGCACCAACGACAUCAACCAGUGGAACGACACAAUCAACCACAGCACAAACGACAGCAGUUACCGCAACAACACCGUCAACCAGUGCAACAACACCGUCAGCCAGUACUCCAACAUCAACCAGGGCAACAACCACCUCAACAAGUGCAGGAACAACAACUAUGGAAAAUUGGUCAACCAGUCCAACAACACCAUCAACAAGUGCACCGACGACAUCAACCGGUACAACUACAGCGUCAACCACAGCACAAACUACAACAAUUAGCGAAACAACACAGUCAACCAGUCCAACAGCACCAUCAACCAGUGCACAAACGACAACAGUUACCGCAACAACAACGUCAACCAGUGCAACAACAACAUCAACAAGUGCACCAACAUCAACCAGUGCUCCAACGACAUCAACCAGUGCAGCAACGCCCUUAUCCAGUACAACAAAAUCCUCAACUAGUGUAACAACACCUCCAACCAUUGCAACAUCACCGUCAACCAGUAAACCAACGACACCAACCAGUGCUCCAACGACAUCAACCAGUGCACAAACGACAACAGUUACUGCAACAACACCCUCAACCAGUGCACAAACCACAUCAACAAGUGCAACUGCACCCUCAACCAUUGCAACGACAACAAUACCCGAAACAUCGUCAAGCAGUGCACCAACAUCUUCAACAGGUGCACCGACGACGUCAACCAGUGCAACACCGUCAACAAGUGCAACAACGACAACAAUAAGUGCAACAACAACCUCAACCAGUGCUCCAACAACAUCAACCAGUGCUCCAACAACAUCAACCAGUGCAAAAACGCCGUCAACCAGUGCGCAAACGACAACAAUACCCGAAACAUCGUCAACCAGUGCACCAACAUCGUCAACCAGUGCAUCGACGACGUCAACUAGCGCAACAACACCGUCAACAAGUGCACAAACGACAACAGUUACCGCAACAGCAACGUCAACCAGUGCAACAACACCGUCAACCAGUGCACCGACGACGUCAACCAGUGCAACAACACCAUCAACAAGUGCACCGACGACGUCAACCGGUACAACAACAGCGUCAACCACUGCACAAACUACAACAAUUAGCGAAACAACACUGUCAACAAGUGCACCGACGACAUCAAUCAGUGCAACAGCAGAAACAACGAGUGCUCAAACGACAACAGCACCAACAACAUCAACCAGUGCACAAACGACAACAGUUACCGCAACUCCGUCAACCAGUGCAACAACACCAUCAACCAGUGCACCAACGACAUCAACCAGUGCAACAACACCCUCAACCAGUGUCCCAACGACAUCGACUAUUGCAACGACACCCUCAACCAGUGCCCCAACGACAGCAACCAGUGCUCCAACGACAUUAACCAGUGCACAAACGACAUCAACCAGUGCAGCAACAACAUCAACCAGUGCAGCAACACCCUCAAGCAGUGCAGCAACGACAUCAACCAGUGCAACAACAUCCUCAACCAGUGCAACAUCACCGUCAACCAGUGCACCAACUACAUCGACCAGUGCAACAACACCGUCAACCAGUGCCCCAACCACAUCAACCAGUGCAACAACACCCUCAACCAGUGCCUCAACGACAUCAACUAGUGCACCGACGACGUCAACCGCUGCAACUACAGCGUCAACCAGUGCACAAACGACAACAAUACCCGAAACAUCGUCAACCAGUGCACCGACGUCAACUAGUGCAACAACACCGUCAACAAGUGCACAAACGACAACAGUUACCGCAACAACGUCAACCAGUGCAACAACACCGUCAACCAGUGCACCGACGACGUCAACCAGUGCACCAUCAUCAACCAGUGCAACAACACCGUCAGCCAGUACUCCGACAUCAACCAGGGCAACAACCCCUACAACAAGUGCAGGAACAACAACUAUGGAAAAUUGGUCAACCAGUCCCACAACACCAUCAACAAGUGCACCGACGACGUCAACCGGUACAACUACAGCGUCAACCACUGCACAAACUACAACAAUUAGCGAAACAACACUGUCAACCAGUCCACCGACGACUUCAACCAGUCCAACAGAACAAUCAACCAGUGCACAAACGACAACAGUUACCACAACAACAACGUCGACCAGUGCACCAACAACAUCAACAAGUGCACAAACGACGACAGUUGCCGCAACAACAUCAACAAGUGCAGCAACAACGUCAACAAGUGCAACGACACCGUCAACCAGUGCACAAACGACAACAGUUACCGCAAUACCGUCAACCAGUGCACCAACAUCAACCAGUGCAACAACACCGUCAGCCAGUGCUCCUUCGACAUCAACCAGUGCAACAACACCCUCAACCAGUGCUCCAACGACAUCAACCAGUGCACAAACGACAUCAACCAGUGCACAAACGACAUCAACCAGUGCAACAACAUCCUCAACCAGUGCAACAACACUCUCAACCAGUGCAACAUCAACAUUAACCAGUGCUCCAACGACAUCAACCAGUGCAACAACACCCUCAUCCAGUGUCCCAACGACAUCAACCAGUGCACCAACUACAUCAACCAGUGCACAAACGACAUCAACCAGUGCAACAACGACAUCAACCAGUGCAACAACGACAUCAACCAGUGCAACAACGACAUCAACCAGUGCAACAACGACAUCAACUAGUACAACAACACCCUCAACCAGUGCCCCAACUACAUCGACCAGUGCACCAACGACAUCAACCAGUGCAACAACACCCUCAACCAGUGCACCAACGACAUCAACCAGUGCAACAACACCCUCAACUAGUGCACCAACUACAUCAACCAGUGCAACAACACCCUCAACCAGUGCUCCAACGACAUCAACCAGUGCACAAACGACAUCAACCAGUGCUCCAGCAACAUCAACUAGUGCUCCAACGACAUCAACCAGUGCAGCAACGACAUCAACCAGUGCAACAACAUCCUCAACCAGUGCAACAACUCCGUCAACCAGUGCACAAACGACAACAAUACCCGAAACAUCGUCAACCAGUGCACCAACAUCGUCAACCAGUGCAUCGACGACGUCAACUAGUGCAACAACACCGUCAACAAGUGCACCAUCAUCAACCAGUGCAACAAUACCGUCAGCCAGUACUCCAACAUCAACCAGGGCAACAACCCCGACAACAAGUGCAGGAACAACAACUAUGGAAAAUUGGUCAACCAGUCCAACAACAGGGUCAACCAGUGCUCCAACGACAUCAACCAGUGCACCAACACCUUCAGCCAGUACUCCGACAUCAACCAGGGCAACAACCCCGACAACAAGUGCAGGAACAACAACUAUGGAAAAUUGGUCAACCAGUCCAACAACACCAUCAACAAGUGCACCGAAGACGUCAACCGGUACAACUACAGCGUCAACCACUGCACAAACUACAACAAUUAGCGAAACAACACUGUCAACCAGUGCACCGACGACAUCAAUCAGUGCAACAGCAGAAACAACAAGUGCUCAAACGACAACAGCACCAACAACAUCAACCAGUGCACAAACGACAACAGUAACCGCAACUCCGUCAACCAGUGCAACACCAUCAACCAGUGCACCAACGACAUCAACCAGUGCAACAACACCCUCAACCAGUGCCCCAACGACAUCAACCAGUGCAACAACACCCUCAACCAGAGCAACAACUCCCUCAACUAGUGCAACAUCACCGUCAACCAGUGCACCAACGACAUCAACCAGUGCAACAACAACCUCAACCAGUGCACCAACGACAUCAACCAGUGCACCAACGACAUCAACCAGUGCAACAACACCCUCAACCAGUGCCCCAACGACAUCAACCAGUGCAACAACACCCUCAACCAGUGCAACAACACCCUCAACCAGUGCACCAACGACAUCAACCAGUGCACCAACAACAUCAACAAGUGCACCAACGACAUCAACCAGAGCACAAACGACAUUAACCAGUGCAACAACAUCCUCAACCAGUGCAACAACACCCUCAUCCAGUGCACCAACGACAUCAACAAGCGCAACAACACCCUCAACUAGUGUCCCAACGACAUCAACCAGUGCAACAACACCCUCAACCAGUGCAACAACGACAUCAACCAGUGCGACAACACCCUCAACCAGUGCCCCAACGACAUCAACCAGUGCAACAACACCCUCAACCAGUGCCCCAACGACAUCAACCAGUGCAACAACACCCUCAACCAGUGCCCCAACGACAUCAACCAGUGCAACAACACCCUCAACCAGUGCCCCAACGACAUCAACCAGUGCAACAACACCCUCAACCAGUGCAACAACGACAUCAACCAGUGCAACAACACCCUCAACCAGUGCAACAACUCCCUCAACUAGUGCAACAUCACCGUCAACCAUUGCACCAACAUCAACUAGUGCACCAACGACAUCAACCAGUGCAACAACACCCUCAACCAGUGCUCCAACGACAUCAACCAGUGCACCAACAACAUCAACCAGUGCAGCACCGACAUCAACCAGUGCCCCAACGACAUCAACCAGUGCAACAACACCCUCAACCAGUGCAACAACACCCUCAACCAGUGCAACAACACCCUCAACCAGUGCAACAGAACUCUCAACCAGUGCACCAACGACAUCAACCAGUGCUCCAUCGACAUCAACCAGUGAAGCAACGACAUUAACCAGUGCAACAACACCCUCAACCAGCGCAACAACACCCUCAACUAGUGUCCCAACGACAUCAACCAGUGCACCAACACCCUCAACCAGUGCAGCAACCACAUCAACCAGUGCAACAACACCCUCAACCAGUGCAACAACGACAUCAACCAGUGCAACAACACCCUCAACCAGUGCAACAACUCCCUCAACUAGUGCAACAUCACCGUCAACCAGUGCACCAACAUCAACCAGUGCACCAACGACAUCAACCAGUGCAACAACACCCUCAACCAGUGCUCCAACGACAUCAACCAGUGCACCAACAACAUCAACCAGUGCAGCACCGACAUCAACCAGUGCCCCAACGACAUCAACCAGUGCAGCAACAUCAACCAGUGCAACACUCUCAACCAGUGCAACAACACCCUCAACCAGUGCCCCAACGACAUCAACCAGUGCAACAACACCGUCAACCAGUGCAACAUCACUGUCAACCAGUGCACCAACGACAUCAACCAGUGCACCAACGACAUCAACCAGUGCAACAACACCCUCAACCAGUGCCCCAACGACAUCAACCAGUGCAACAACACCGUCAACCAGUGCACCAACAUCGUCAACCAGUGCACCAACGACAUCAACCAGUGCAACAACAUCCUCAACCAGUGCACCAACGACAUCAACAAGCGCAACAACACCCUCAACCAGUGCCCCAACGACAUCAACCAGUGCAACAACACCCUCAACCAAUGCCCCAACGACAUCAACCAGUGCAACAACACCCUCAACCAGUGCGACAUCACCGUCAACCAGUGCCCCAACGACAUCAACCAGUGCAACAACACCCUCAACCAGUGCAACAACACCCUCAACUAGUGCAACAUCACCGUCAACCAGUGCACCAACAUCAACCAGUGCACCAUCAACCAGUGCACCAACAUCAACCAGUGCAACAACACCCUUAACCAGUGCAACAACACCCUCAACUAGUGCAACAUCACCGUUAACCAGUGCAACAACACCCUCAACCAGUGCACCAACGACAUCAACCAGUGCACCAACAACAUCAACCAGUGCCCCAACGACAUCAACCAGUGCAACAACACCCUCAACUAGUGCAACAAUACCCUCAACCAGUGCCCCAACGACAUCAACCAGUGCAACAACACCCUCAACCAGUGCAACAUUACCGUCAACCAGUGCACCAACGACAUCAACUAGUGCUCCAACGACAUCAACCAGUGCAACAACCUCCUCAACCAGUGUAACAACACCCUCAACAAGUGCACCAACGACAUCCACCAGUGGAACAGCAUCCUCAACCAGUGCAACAACGACAUCAACAAGCGCAACAACACAAUCAACCAGUGCACCAACAUCGUCAACCAGUGCACCGACGACGUCAACCAGUGCAACAACACCGUCAACAAGUGCACCAACAACAUCAACCAGUGCAACGAUACCGUCAACAAGUGCACCAACGACAGCAGUUACCGCAACAACACCGUCCACCAGCGUACCAACAACAUCAACCAGUGCAACAACCACCUCAACAAGUGCAGGAACAACAACUAUGGAAAAUUGGUCAACCAGUGCAACAACACCAUCAACAAGUGCACCGACAACGUCAACUGGUGCCACUACAGCGACAACCACUGCACAAACUACAGCAGUUAGCGAAACAACACAGUCAACCAGUCCAACAGCACCAUCAACCAGUGCACAAACGACAACAGUUACCACAACAACAACGUCAACGAUUGCACCAACAACAUCAACAAGUGCACCAACGACAUCAACCAGUUCAACGACACCGUCAACCACUGCACAAACGACAACAGUUACCUCAACACCAUCAACCAGUACAACAACACUGUUACCCAGUCCACAAACGACAAUAAUUAUUGAAACAACACCGUCAACGAGCUCUUUGAUAUCAACUAGCGUACCAGCAACAACCCUAGCACCGAAGUCCUGUAUCGUUGAUCCUUGUUACAUUGAGAAACUUCUUGGUUAUAACCCUGGAGAAAUUGUUGGUGUAGUUUUCGAUGAGGACAAUCCUGGUUCCUCUCAUGAAAAUGAUAUUGUCUAUGCUGGUGACGAAAUUGAACAUGGCUCUACUCUUCAUAUCACUUGCAAUAAUUGCACUUGUGAUGAUGGUGUCCUAAGUUGCACAGAUAAUUUAUGCACAGGUUGUGCUUAUUCUGACUGGUCAACAUGGAGUACGUGUACUAAAGUUUGUGAUAACGGGCAAACAACAAGAUUCCGUACAAUGCAUAAAGGAAAAGGAACUGAAGUCUGUAAUCUUGAAAUAGAGCAGUCUAAAGAUUGUAACAUUAAUCCCUGUGAAAGUGAACCUUCUUGGAGUACUUGGGAACUAUGGAGUACUUGCACAUCAACUUGUGGUAAAGGAUGGCAAGUAAGAAGGAGAUCUUGUACUAAUGGAGUUACAGAAAGUACAAAAUGUGAUGGAAAAGGUCUAGAAAUGCAGAGCUGUAUCAUCAAGAACUGUACAGUAGAAGAGUGCCCUCAAGGAAAGAUAUGGUCUAAUUGUUCAAAUGAUUGUCAGCAAACAUGUAUAGAAAAAAAAAUGGGAGCAGAAAUAUGUCACGAGUCAGACAGUUGUAUACCAGGAUGUGUAUGUCCAACAGGUUACUUAGAACAGUAUAAUGACUGUGUUUUAGAAGAAGACUGUUAUUGCUAUGAUAAAUUUGGAAAUGCUAUCGGCGAAAAUUACCCACAAGAAAUUCAUGGUGCCUGUGAACGUUGUACAUGUACAGAUGGAGAAAUCGUUUGUACUAAUAUCACUGACGACUGUUGUUCUUAUUCUGAAUGGUCUUCAUGGGGUGCAUGCAGCAAAACUUGUGAUGAGGGUUUAAGAUAUCGUCACAGAAUACUAGAAGAUGGAAAUAUAAACUGUACAAGAAACAUUGAGGAAUAUAUUCCCUGUAUUGUUCGAUCAUGUCCAUCUGUCUGCAAUAUUUCUGACAUUGGGUUUGAUAAUUCUGAAUUGAUGCGAGAAGAUAUUUGUGAAAAAUGUUACUGUGAAGGCUUCAAUGAAACAUGUUUCAAAAACGAAUUCUCAAUAAUUGAUGGUAUCUGGACUGAAUGGACCGAAUGGAGUAAUUGCAGUGGCUCAUGCCAGCCUGGUGCUUUCAGGCAAAGACAGCGUUCAUGUUCAAACCCAUUACCACAGUGUGGUGGCAAAGAAUGUGUUGGUAACUCUAUUGAAUUAGAAGAUUGCAAUACAGAUGCAAAAUGCUGCAUAUUUGAUACAUGGUCAUUCUGGUCAUCAUGUGAUCAAAGUUGUGGACCUGGCAACCAAACGCGUGAAAGAACAGGUUUAACGGGAUCUUUUUGUGGCAAUUAUACUGAGUCUGAGCAACAGCAUUGUGAAAUUCAACCAUGUGACGUAACCUGUGGAGAAUGGGGUGUAUGGAGUGAGUGUAAAGGAGAUUGUGGUAAAGGUAUCUCUACAAGAACAUUUACUCUUUCUGAUGAUCAACAGAACAAUCCACAAUGUAGUGUUUCUUACGAAUCAAAAGAAUGUGAUCUUCAGAAACCAUGUGUCUGUGGUGAAAAUGAAGAGAUUUCAUCAACAGCUGACUGUGAACCCAAAUGUGGUGCAGGCUUCCUGGCACCAAAUUCUUCAGAAUGUGAAACAUUCAACUAUGGCUGCAAGUGUAAAUCUGGGCUGUUCAGAAAUGAAAGUGGACAUUGUAUUCCAAAAGAGGAUUGCAAUCUGUAUUGUUAUGUCGGUGAUUCAAUCAAGAAGGAGAAUGAAAUAUGGAUUGAUCCAGAACGUGAGUGUUAUACAUGUGAAUGUAUUGGUGGCCAUGUAGAAUGUCAAAGAAAAUGUGAAAUCCCUGAGUGUAAUAGUGAUGAAGAGUUAUUUUUCCCAGAAAUUAACCCAUGCUGUCCAGUGUGCAAACUGAGAUCAGAAAACAAAUGCCAAGUGAAAGUUGAUUUCAAGUACCUUACAAAUGGAACCUGUACUGCAAUUCAAAAGGUGAGGGUAACUCAGUGUGGAGGGCAUUGUGCUGAAAGUACAUCUGGAGUAAUUUUGAUGAGCACUAAACCAGAUGUAGUCACUGAUGAGAUGUUCCACAAUAAUUGUGAAUGCUGUCAAGCGAAAGCAACAAAAAUGAGAUCAGUUACGGUUCUCUGUCCACCAGAUAACAUAGAAACUGUCAUGUAUUAUCCAGAAAUAUGCAGUUGUGAAUGUACUAAAUGUAGAUAAGAUUGCAAAAGUACUAAUGGUAUUCUAAUUAGGAAAAAGAUUUGUCUGUCCAAAAUAUAGUGGGAAAUAGCAAUUUAAAAUACAUAAUGGAAAAAAAUAA